AUGCCUCGUGGUCGGUCACUCAGCGCUGAAGAGCGAGGAAAAUUUUUGGCGUUCCACGAAGCCAAAUGGUCCCAAUCUCGCAUCGUGAAGGAGUUAAAGCGAAGUCAGGCGGCCGUGAAAAACUUUCUCCGCAAUCCAGAAGCCUAUGGGUCAAAAAAACGAGCUGGAAGACCAAGAAAGCUCACAGUCGCAAGUAGACGCAUGCUCCUUCGCGAAGCAUCCAAGGGUAUUUUAGGGUCUAGAGAGCUUUAUCAAGAUCUACAACUGCCUGUGCAAGCAAGACGCGUGCGGCAGAUACUGAACCAACACCCAACGUUGACGUAUAAAAAGAUUAAGAGAGUUCCGCAAAUGCUUAUUCAUCACAAGACUGCGCGCGUCGCCUGGGCGACCGAAAAAGUUACCUGGACCAUUCCGGACUGGAACAACGUCGUCUGGAGUGACGAAAAGAAGUUCAAUUUGGACGGCCCGGACGGGUUUGCCUGUUGUUGGCAUGAUCUAAGACGUGAAGAUCUAAUUUUUUCGAAGCGCCAGCAAGGGGGCGGCUCAUUGAUGGUUUGGGGAGCCUUCGCAGGGGGGAAAAAGUGUGAACUGGCGAUUUUGGAGGGCAAACAAACAGCAGUUAAGUACAUUGGGACGCUCGAGAGCUUCCUGUUGCCGUUUGCGGACCAAGAACUGGGACCGAGCUGGGUCUUUCAGCAAGAUGGGGCAUUGAUACACUGCGCUCAUAUCGUGAGGGAAUGGUUUAAUGAGGAGGAUAUGGUGGUUCUGGACUGGCCAGCUAAGUCUCCUGACCUAAACCCCAUCGAAAACCUCUGGGGAAUUCGGGCUCGGAAGGUGUACGAGCAUCGACGUCAGUUUUGGAGGGGUUGA